AGGAUGGUUUAUUUACUAGCGUAGGAUAAGGAGGUCAUGCGAAAACAUCCAUAGUUACUGAGACUACGCUUGUACUUUUGUGUAGUGGCUCUAUUUUGUAUGAAAAAAGGACAUAAAAUUGUCCUGAAUGAACAUUUUUGAACUAAUUAUUAUUCAAAUUUUGAGAUGAAUGGACUGUAAAGUCAUAUAACAAAAAAAGUGAAAGGAAGAACAAUAUGAAUCAACCAAGGAUGCAGCAUAGCGAAGGGAAGAAUGAAAUGGGACAGGAAGGAGAAAUAGAGAAUGACAAUCCAAUUUCUUCUUUCUCGCAAAGGCUGCAAAACUUUCGAUAUCAAAUGAAGUCGCAUAAUCGACCGCGGCAGCAAACGCUACAUUCUUUCGUGAAUAAAGAGUCGCAGAUGGUUGAGGAUUUCUCCAAAGUUGGAAGAUAUACAGAAAAAGAAAAGAAGUCCAAAGAGUCAAGAUAUACCAUCACAUCUCGAGUGCAAAAAUCAUUUAGGGAGCUAUACUCCGACAAUCCCAGCUCACAGAAAAACCCAAGGAAAGAGAAUAUUGGCAAGGGAACAAAAUCUUCAUCAAGUUUUUUUGGACAUGUUAUCCCAAAGAAAAAGCCGAUUACAUCUUUUAAACCUUCGACGGGGACUGGUUUGGAACCUGGAAUAAGGAAGAAAGUCGAUAACACAUUACUCGAGCCACGAGUAGCAUGUUUAUAUGCUAAAAGUCGGAAAGCUAUUUUUCCCACAAUAGUAGGGAAUCAGAAUUCAGAACGUGGAUUUAUGGAGAGUGAGUUGCCGCAAAAAGUAGCUCCAUAUUUAUGGACCUACCCAUCCCGAAUCCAACAUAAUCAAGUUGUCGAUGAGCAUGGAUAUCUUAAAUAUUAUGAACACUCUGAUAUAGAUGUGAAAUAUUGGCUACACUCAAAUACACACUCUCUCAAAGGGAUUAAAGAAUCCUAUGACUUGGAAAAGAGUGGGAUGUAUUUUGGAAUGUUGGAAUUUCCUACAUCGGAAGUGAGUGAAGAAUCUUUUGAUUCCUCAGAGCUGUUGGAACCACUAGCUGAUGAAUUGGAAACUGAAGAUGAUAAGCUCAAUAAGGCAGCUAUUCCAAGCAUGUUGAAUUCCUCUAACAUCACCAGAUUUUUUAAGAGCCAUAAAGGAAGAAGGAUUUAUCCUCACUUUUUUAAAUCUGAUGCUACAAGCGCUUCAAUCCCUUUACGUCAAAUUCAUAAUGAUUUAAUAAGCCAUGGAGUGCACGUUGACUUUCGAACAUUGAACGACUGGUUGAAUGAACGAAAUAUUCCUUAUGUAUAACUAACUUUAUUGCAUUAAGUUAACUUGGAUUUUGUAAAUUAGUUUUUUUUCGUUUAAUGAUGAAUCAUGAUCAGAUAAUUUUAGGAACCUCUAAUUAAUGAAAAUAUUAUCUUUACUAUUCACUUUCUAGUUUUGAUUUUUAAUAUUCAAAUUCAAAUUUUGCCUGGC